GUCCAGGCGGGCACACUUUCCGAAAGUAAUAACAAUAUAAACAAAAUUCGAAAAAAUUAAAUUAAAUGUGCCAGUUAGGGCGCUGAAAAUGCGGUUGCGCCGCCGCUGGCCGCGAAGGAUGAGGCGCGCCAUCGAGCAGUUGAGAAUGCAGUCACGGAGGAAGCUGCGGAUUCUAAUUGGGGCAGUAGGACUCUUUCUGGCAAUUUGGUUGGCUGGUGCUUACCUUUUCACAUCAGAAAGUGACAAAACCGGCGACUUUGGCAGCUCCUGCAGUCCCAUAGAUGCGGUGUACACCUGGGUUAAUGGCUCCGAUCCGAACUUUAUUGAGGCCAUCCGGCGAUUUGAUCCCAAGUAUGACCCCUCGCGGUUCGACGACAAAAACGAGCUGCGCUAUUCACUGAGAUCGCUUGAGAAGCACGCCAACUGGAUCAGGCACGUCUACAUAGUCACCAAUGGCCAGAUUCCCAACUGGCUUGAUCUCAGCUACGAGAGAGUCACAGUGGUGCCGCACGAGUUGCUGGCGCCCGAUCCCUCACAGCUUCCCACGUUCUCCAGCUCGGCCAUCGAGACCUUUCUGCACCGCAUACCUAGGCUGUCGAAGAGGUUCCUUUACCUCAAUGACGACAUUUUCCUGGGGGCUCCGCUAUAUCCGGAGGAUCUGUACACAGAGGCGGAGGGAGUGCGCGUAUACCAGGCCUGGAUGGUGCCCGACUGUGCCCUGGACUGCCCCUGGACGUACAUAGGGGACGGAGCCUGCGAUCGGCACUGCAACAUCGACGCCUGCCAGUUUGAUGGAGGAGAUUGCAGCGAAACGGGGCCAGCGGAUGGCUCCCACAUCCUUCCCCAAAGCCAGGAGACGCACGAGUUGGGCGCAGCAGCUGCAGUGCCCCCGACUCCGGUUCACCGGUUUCCUCACAUGGGAUUGCAAAAGCUGUUUAAGAAGAGCUCUGCUAACUUCAAGGAUGUGAUGCGCCACCGUAAUGUGUCAACGCUGCUCGAGCUUCGGCGCAUAGUUGAGCGCUUCAACAAGGACAAGCUAAUGUCUCUUAAUCCCGAGAUGGAGGCGAGCAGCACAGGGCCGCCGACCACGCAACGUCAUGUCCUGCACAAGGAAGACUUUAAAUCCUCCACAGACAUUUACUCACACUCAUUGAUUUCCACGAAUAUGCUGCUAAACAAAGCCUAUGGAUUCAAGGCUCGUUAUGUCCUGGCCCACGUGGGAUUUCUGCUCGAAGGGGAAAUUGUGGAGGCCAUGCAGCAACGCUUCAGGCAGCAGGUCCUGGACACUGCCCUGCAGCGCUUCAGGGCGCCCACGGAUCUGCAAUAUGCCUUUGCCUAUUACUCCUUUUUGAUGAGUGAAACUCGGGUCUUGGGCGUGGAAGAGAUUUUCGAUGAGUUCGACACUGAUGGUUCUGGGACGUGGUCGGACCGAGAGGUGCGCACCUUCCUUACCCGCAUUUAUCCGCCGCCUCUAGACUGGUCAGCCAUGCGUUACUUCGAAGAGGUUAUCCAGAAUUGCACCAGGAAUCAGGGUGAGGACUUAAGAGUAGACGUAGUGGAGCACUCCACGUUGGUCUAUGAGCGAUAUGAGGAUUCAAAUUUGCCCACCAUAACGCGGGCCUUGGUAGUGCGUUGCCCCCUUUUAGCGGAAGCCUUGACUGCCAACUUUGGAGUGCGUCCCAAGUACCACUUUCAUGUGAGUCCCAAGCGCACCUCCCACAGCAACUUUAUGAUGCUGACCUCGAACAUCACAGAGGUGGUAGAGUCCCUAGACCGACUGCGUCGUAAUCCGCGCAAGUUCAACUGCAUCAACGAUAACCUGGACGCGAAUAGAAGCGAGGACAACGAGAUUGUGCGCCAUCUGCUCGAGGACUUUUACCUGUCGUUCUUUCCGCGGCGCAGCAAGUUCGAACUGCCGCCACAGUUCCGAAAUCGCUAUGCAUCCUGGCGGGAUUACCAGCGCUGGAAGCGAAGGAAGCGGGCCGUAUUGGUUGUGGGCUAUCUGGUUAGUGUGCUCUUGGUGAUCUUCCUGUUGCGCUUUAUGUGCCAGCACAAGGCCAAGUUUGUGAGGCGCUGUGUGCAGCGUUUGUAGUCUGUCUCUCUUCUGCAAUGUUGUGAUAAGUUGUGAAAAUUUGUGUAUAUUGGCCAUUUUUCUGCAAGCGUACAUAGUCAAAUCUAGUUGUAGGCCAUGUCUAAGGCUAUUUUUCUAGUUCUUUAGAUGCAUGUUAGAGGCUAGUCCUAAGCUUAGCAAAUAAGAGUAAAUGUGUAGUGAAUUCGUAGGAGAUUAUUGUGUUCUUUAAAAACUGUGUGCAUUACUUACAAAUCUCAUAUAUUAAUGUAUCAGGGUCUCUGGAUACCAAAUGCAAAUCAAAAAUGAUAUCAGCUUUAGAAAGAGUUUUUUGAAGAGUCUUCAUCGUGAUCUGUGGGUCUUAUUUUAAUAAUAUUUGUGCUAGAAUAUAUAUUUGAAUUCAAAUUAAUAUACAAUAUGCAGUAUAUAUAUAUAGGGGAAUCCAUUAUUCAUGGUUCAUUCUUUAAUUUUUUUAUAACAGCAACAAAUGUGUAAAAAUGUCCUUCUUUAUGAAAAAUAUUCUCUAACAAAAGUCAAAAAGUUGAGGGAAUUCAUCCAAGAAAGUAAGCUAAAAUCCAAGAGAAAAAAAACCGAAAUGUGUGGCAAUAUUUCUUUAAUAUUAUUAUAUCAUUAUAUAUAGCUAUACCUUUACUUUUAGAAUCUUCUUAGUUUAUUUUUUUAAGACUUUUCAAACUAGUUUAAAAACCAAAGCAAAUAAAUAAGUUUCUGUAUCCCAAAACCUGAAAUCCCUUAUAUAGAACUAAAAAAGUUCCCACUUUAGUUAUUUCUCUAAACAAAAUAUACAAUUUCUAUUCA